AUGACUAAACUUUUGCUAAAGCAAAAAGAUCCUGGCAGCUUUGCUAUUCUAUGUUCCAUCGGUGAUAGAUAUGUUGGAAGAACUCUUUGUGACUUGGGGUCAAGCAUAAAUCUGAUGCCUAAGUCAAUAUUUUUGAAGCUUGGAAUGGGUAAUGCUCAACCAACCACCGUGAUUUUACAACUAGUUGACCAGUCACAUGUGCGUCCCGAGGGUAGAAUUGAAGAUGUGAUUGUUAAAAUGGAUAAGUUUGUCUUUUUGGAUUACGAGAAGAGAGAGUUCACGAUGAGGGUGACUGAUCAAAGCGUCAUGAUAAAUGUCUUUAACACUCUUAAAUAUGUUGAUGAUUCUGAAGAAUGCCAUUACAUUGAAGACGUUGAUUCACUAGAGGAUGCUGGAACAAAAAAUUCUGGUCAAGCGGUAGAUUAUGUUUCCAAAUGGGUUGAAGUUGUGGCCACUCCUAGCAAUGACUCCAAGAUCGUGUUGAAAUUAUUGCACAAAAACAUAUUCACACUUUUAGGAGCACCACGAGAAAUUAUCAACGAUGAAGGUAUCCGCUUUAACAAUAAAUUAAUUGCCAAGGCACAGAAAAGAUAUGGGGUGUGCCACAGAAUUUCCAUGGCAUACCAUACCCAGACUAAUGGGCAGGCUAAGGUAUCUAAUUGCGAGAUCAAAUAUAUUCUUGAGAAGGUGGUCAACCUCAAUCGCAAAGAUUGGUCACGAAAGCUCGAAGAGGCAGUGUAG